AUGUCUAAUUUCCUUUUAUUUGAAGGGACUCCAUCGCGUAUUCUUGACUUUUGCGAGCUGGUCGGCGAAGAUAUUCAACUGCCAGAAUAUAUGGCACAGUUCGCGGGGCUGCAUCGACGACAAGAUCAUCAAUUCAGUUAUAGUGAUGGAAGUUACUACUCCACCGCCAGUUAUAGUGAUGGAGGUUACUAUUCUACCCCCAGUUAUGAUAGUGGAAUUUACUAUUUCACCCCCUAUGGUUCGAGCUCUUCGCUGCAGCCUGCAACGGCCACAACGGAUACACCGGCUUCGGCGACAGCGAUUUCUUUAACUAGCAGUGAAACAAUAACAUCAUCAUACACGUCAACUACUACGGGAAGCGCGUCUACAAAUACCGCAUUGUCUUCAUCCUCCUCGGAUCUCUCGACUGGAGCAAAGGCUGGCAUUGGAGUGGCAAUUCCGCUAGUUGUCAUAAUAUUAGGGUUAUCUCUAUUAUGUUACUUCCGCAAGCGAAGGGUGAACAGGAGAAAUGGUGCAGGCAACAACAUUCCUGAAAUCAGUCAACAAUCGUGGCCAGAGAAACCCUCGCCAAAGUCAAAAAUCCUCCCUGCCGAAGCGGAUAGCACCGCCCUUCACGAACCGGACAGCAGAUUUAUAUUUGAAUCGCCAUCCGAAUCGCCAUCCUUGGAUGCCGGUACGCGGAAUCCUGGUGUUUACGAGAUGAGUGGUAAUUCUGCCGUCGAAUAUCCUCCCGUGGCAGCUUUCGCUACGCAGAAGCACAUGACCUCGCUAGGCCAUCACUUUUCUAAGACCUACUCAUCCUCGGGUAACAAUGUAUCUCGCAAGGCGGUCACAUCCUCCGCUUCUAUGCCUGCCUCUGCAAUGAUCCCAAGUGGAGGUUUAGGUGCUUCAAUGAGUGCCUUGACCGACUCUGGUGCGCCGUCGCAGAACCCACAUGUGAAAACUUGGGAGGGUACUGAGCGGACAUCGUCAGGUGUGGAAAACACUGAUGCGCAAUUGGCGGAGCUUGAGGCGGAAAUGGCGCAGAGGCAGAGCUGA